UUAUGUAAAUCACGUGACUUCUUCUUCACAUAUCAGUCAUAAUUCGUCCUUUGCGAACAGCGAAGCUACGUGACAAAACUUUCUUAGAUAAACCUGCUAUUUUAAAACACGCUCUGAUGUUUGACCAAGAAACUGCCAACAAGUGAAUCUUAGUAGAAAAGAAAGUGACAGAUGUUAAAAUCAGAGUUAUUUGUGUUUCUCUUCUUCAGUUUUCUGGGACGUCUGGACUGUGCAGAACAAAUUAAACAAAGAAACGUGAAUCAUGGAGACAGCUUUACUCUGACGUGCUACAGUCCCAGAGAUGUCGUCGUCCUAAUGUUAAGGUGGAAAAAACAGGACAAGCCGCAUUAUGUUUUUUUCAUCAGAGAGAACCGCCCUUAUGAAAAACUUCAGGAUCCAUAUUUUAAAGGUCGAGUGGAGUUGAAAGAUCCAGAGAUGAAGAAUGGAGAGCUCUCUGUGAUUCUCAAAAAUGUCACUGUGAAAGACAAUGGAGUUUAUGAAUGUUACGCAGCAUUCGACCAACAGGAACCUCAACUUUUGAACAGCAUCACUCUGACAGUUGAUCCUCCAGAGUUACGAGUCAAACAGGGAGAAAAUGCCACUCUGGAGUGUUAUGGUCCCAAAGAUGCUAUCUCAGUAAUGCUAAGGUGGAACCGACCUAACCUGCAGUCACAUGAGUACGUCUUCUACUUCAGUGAUGACCAAAUUCAGGAAGACAAACAGCAUCCAUCUUUUAAAGGUCGAGUGAAUCUGAAAGAUCCAGAGAUGAAGAAUGGAGACUUUUCUGUAAAUCUUACAAAUGUCGUAAUGAACGACAGUGGAAGAUAUGACUGUUAUGUUGGAUACAACGGCAAGAAACCUGAACUUAUCAACAGCACCUACCUGAAAGUAGAAGAACCAGGUCAGACAGGAGGACAAAGUGGAGGGAAGGAGGAUGAGAAGAAUGAUGGAGGUCAGAACAGUGGACUUACAGUUGGUCUGUCAGUUUCUGUCAUGCUUCUUGUUUUGUCUUGUCUUGUUGCUGGUUUUGUGUUCUGCAGAAAUCGUAGAGGGCGACCUCCUCCAAAUAAUCCAAUGAUUUGAAAUGCGUUCAGUGGGUUCAUAACUGAACUGUGAGUCCUGCUGCUGUUCCAGGUUAUUAUCAGUAAGUUCAGCAUUCAGACUGACAGAGGAGAGACACAGGAAACAAUACAAAAUUAAACUUUGCAUUGUUUUGCAUAAUUAUCUGAUCUCUGAUGUUCCUGCUCACCAUACCAACAAACUGCCUAAUUUUAAAAAAUAAUUGUCAGCUUAAAUCAUUAUCUGUUGUUUAUAAAAUAUUUUAUUAGAUUUUAUAAUAAUAAUAAUAAUAAUGUAUUUGAAUUGUUACAGAUCAUCUAGUGAUUUUCUUUUUAAAGUUUGCAACACAUAAACAUGUAUCACUCAGCUACUGUGCUGGUGUGAAUGUUAUAUUCUCUUAUUGCAUACACACAAACACACACACACGUGUGCUAGUGUCACACAGUGGAAAAUUGUGUUUUGUAUAUUUUGUUUAGGACUGCACUGUGUUGGUGCACAGUGUCAAUUUUAGUUGCAUGAUCUUAUUGUAAUAAUUUUUAUUGCAUGAUUUUAUUCCAUAUUUAUACUGUGUGUUUUGUGUCGCUGUAUAGUAUUCUUUUUUUUUAUUCCACUGUGGAUUGGACAGACAAUUGCGUGCACCUGUGAGGUCGGGGCGUGUCCCCGAGGUGGCCUAUUGGCCACCAAACGGACUUAAGAGAGAUGAUGAGCGAAAAGGGGGAGAGAGAGGAGAGACACACGAACAGCGAAGGGCAGGAAACCGAACGUGUGGUGCAGACGAGCACAUGUAUAGAAGGACCGGCCUGCCUGUGAGGCGUCGCGAGACUUCCGGCGAUCCAGUUCCGACGGCCAGAAUAGUAACAGCGGGAGGCGAUGUGUGAAAUCCACAGAAGGCAGAGGGGACGCCUCUGCCUGUAUCAGGGCCGGGCUAUGAGGGAAGCCGUGUGCGGAUGCGGAGAGUGGCUGGACGGCACGGCCAUGCGCUGCCAGGUGGGGAUAGGAACCUCCUCCCUGGCCUUCUGCUGGCGAGAUUUCCCCAUCCCGGAAGAGGGGCUCCUCUUCCGGGAUGGGGGGGGAGUUUUUACCAUAUAAAAAGGACAUUCAUUUAGCUUUGAUGUUUUUUUUUUAUUGUAUAUUUAUCUCUGCCGGCAGGGCUUUUAGCGGGUUGGGAACAUUUAUACUUUUUUUAUUGUAUAGUGGGGAUUUUAACUCAUACUUGUGAUUCUGGCUGUUCUUCUAAAAAAUAAAUGGUGUGUUCCAAGCCGACCCAG